AUGAUUGGUCCACCAGGGCCACCCGGAACCGUUGGAGAACCCGGUCCUCCUGGACCACAAGGACAACCUGGACGUGUUAUUCAGGUUAAUGGAGCUGCUGGCCCGGCUGGUCCUCCAGGACCUAAGGGACCACCUGGACCCAAAGGAUUGCCCGGAGUCAACGGAGUUAAUGAAGUUGGUGAACAGGGACCAGUUGGUGCUCCAGGUAAUCCAGGACCAGCUGGCGCUCCUGGACCACAGGGACCACAGGGACCAAUGGGACCAUUUGGAGAAGAAGGCUCAUGCGACCACUGUCCUGAGCCCCGUACACCACCUGGCUAUUAA